CCGGCUACUCUCAAAACCAGGCGCGGGAGGUCGUCUGCAAUAAAAUAUGGCUACUUCCACUGAUGAGAAAUAUGCAUGGAAAUAUGUGACAAAAAUCUAACAUCCACUGGUGUGCAGAAUGGUUUUCAGGAUUUUACUAAGAUAUCUUGUAAACAAUGAACAGCUUAUACAACGGCUCGCAGAUUCCUAUCCAUUUAGGCGGGCAGCUCAGCUGACAGCACAUUUUAUGAUCAGGGGGAAAUCACUUAGCCAGGAAAGCAUGGAGAUGAUGUCAACAUCCGAGCUGUUUAAAAAAUUUAUUAUCCAAGUAAAUCAGGCUAGUGGGAAAGUGAAGCAGUUCUCGUCUGAGAAAAUUGAGAAACUCGAAGAGGCUAUCAAGGACAUAAAGAAGAGACGAGGACUGUGACAUUUCAUGUCUACAUUUUCUUCUUUGUUUCAUUUCUCAAAUAAAUGGUUGUACAACGGU